GGAGUGGAUGCUGUGCUUGGCUUGAAUGUGGAAUGAGUGUCGUGGUUGGAUGGGACAAAAUUUGUUGUUUAUUUCUUUUUUUUUUGUUUUGGCAUUUUUGGUUUGGUGCUGACAAACAUAACGAUUAAUCCACCAUGGCACUAGCAAAAGGCAAACUCCCUUACGAUGAUCAACAAUUGCACAACACUGUUUACGAGCAUUAUUUGUCACACCAAACCACCUUACGUGAUGGGUUAAAUUCGUUGAGGGAAAAAGGAGAACUACUCGACAUCACUCUGAUCAUAGAAGGACACAUUUUCAGAGCACAUAAAGCUGUUUUAUCAGCGUGCAGUGAUUACUUUAGGGCUAUGUUCACUGACAAUAUGCUUGAAGCUACACAAAAUGAGAUUUGUUUAAAUGGACUCAGUGCCAACGGUUUCGAUCCACUUCUUGAAUACGCUUAUUCAGGCUACCUUACCUUAAACUUGGCCAAUGUCCAAGAUGUAUUGGCUGCGGCUUCGCACAUACAAAUGAUCAAGUGCGUUUAUACAUGUGCAGAGUACUUGCAGUCCCAAAUCGAUUUAGAUAAUUGUUUAGAUAUAGCCACUAUUGCCGAAACGUAUUCUUUAGAAACGCUCAAAGUGAAGGCAUAUAGAUUUAUAAGUGGAAGAUUGAUGAAAUUUUCUACAAGCUCCGGUUUCUACAAUUUACGCCCUGUACAGCUAGAGACUCUUCUUGCCUAUGAUUUUCCUGUGGAUUGUGCCGAAGCCGAUGUUUUCAGCAUAAUUUUAUCUUGGUUUUUCCAUGUGGACAAUAAGCUUGAUGUUCACACUGAUUAUGCUCGUCGAAUAAUGAAAUAUAUUAACUUUGAAGAUAUAUCGGACAGAAGAUUUUAUAGCAUUUUGGAAAGUUUUUUCCAAGAUACAAACGACCAGUGGCAGAUUAUCAGAAACAUUAUUCAAGAAAGCUUCUUGCAAACCAGGGAGUGUUUGUUUUCUUCGCCGAUGAUGGACCCUUUGCUUAAUUCAAGGGGUAUGGAACAGGCCAUUUUAAGUAUCGGCGGUUUUGGUGGGAGUGGACUUACAAAUGAGAUAGAUUACACUUUCACCAAGAGAAGAAAAUGGAUGCGGUUAACGACUAUACCUCACCUGGAACAGUGUAAUUAUGGCACGGCUGUGUACGACAAUGAAUUGUAUAUUGUUGGGGGUUGUUUCAAUCAGUGUCUGGAAGAACAUGUUCAUCCCUUUGGAUUUAAAUACAAUCCGAGAUUUGACAAAUGGACAUCAAUAGCACCAAUGGAAAUGGAAAGGUGCCGGUUUAGUUUGAAUGAAUUAGGAGGUUUAUUGUAUGCUGUAGGAGGCAGCAUUGACGCUGAUCGAAUUGGAACCAGUAUUUGCGAAUGUUAUAACCCUGCGAGAGAUACCUGGUACAGGAUCCAGGACCUUCCGGCUCGUAUAUCUCAACACGCCGGCGCAAGCAUGGAAAAUUCUUUGCACAGUAAGCUAUUUAUUAGUGGCGGAAUUGAGAGGGAUUGGAGUGAAAUUUGUCUUGCGACCGUUUAUUGCUACGAUACUGGCCUGGAAAGAUGGACUACAUGUGCACCAUUGCCUACACCUAGAGCCGAUCAUGUCAUGUUAUCCAGAGGUAACGAAUUAUAUGCUUGCGGAGGAUGGACGUCAGUUGAUGACCGAGAGCUGGUUGACACGAUUGAUGUCUAUAAUGCAGAACAAGAUACAUGGAAGCCGCUCACUAAAGUUCCUACUCCUCGCUUCCACGCAGGUAUAACUCUAGUAAACGAUAGAAUCUACUUUAUAGGUGGUUUUCAAACAGAUACAUACAUGGAUGAAGAAAGGAAUCUUAUUGAAUGCUACGACAUAGAAAAUCAGCAGUGGACUGUUGAGAAUGAAUAUCCUGAACACGUCUCCGAGCAUACUUGCAUCACCUUGUAUAUACCAAAGGGCCGGGACGAUAAGGAAUUGUACGAUUUUGUUCAAUAGUAUUAUUUUUGGGACUCAAUAAUUUAUAUGAAUGUGUGAAUUUUUAUAAGUAUUAUAAAACAAAAAAUAUUUUUGUAUUUAUCAUUGUGACAUUACGGAAUUGUUAUUUUAUUGAAUAUAUAUAUUUUUUUUUAUUAUAAAACAGAAAAUCAUAACAACAA